AGGACAGUCCACUGAUUCUCCAGUCAGACAGAAACGUGACGGUCAACGCUAGAAAUGAUCAGGGACAACUGACUGGUCAGCUCACCGUGGGUUUUGACAUCGCAGCAACGAUGUUGAUCAAUACAGCUUGUAGUUCGGAAAUGGUUGAGGCCCAGUGUCAGAGGUUCGAAGUGAAGAGCGCUGACGGCGAGAGAGUUCUGUUUUCUGCAGACGAGGAAGAGAUCAGCAUCGGAACAGAGAAACUUAAAGUCACAGGGGAUGAAGGAGUGGUUUUCAGCCAUUCUGUCGAGACUUCACAUGUCAGGGCAGAGCCAUUUCAGGACCUGAAACUAGAGUCCCCAACUCGGACCUUGACGCUAGAAGCUCCCAGAGGGGUGGAGGUCAGUGCUGGAGUGGGAGACUUCACGGCUUCCUGUAGGAAAGACCUUCUCUUGCAGUCCUCAGACGGAGAGAUCUUUCUAGAUGCCAACACAAUCAAGCUGGGCAACAUCCCCCUCGGCAGUGCCAUAGACCCUCUGGAAGGGGCCCCUCCAGGCACCACUUACACCAAACAGACUGUGUACGAGCUCUGCGCCUGCGCUAAUGGCAAGCUCUACCUGUCCCCAGCUGAGGAGGGAUCCACCUGCCAAACCACUAGUAACUUUUGUCUCUGGAGUUGAAAAUUAGAGGCUCGUAAAGAGACGGGACAUAUGGACUAACAAGCUUGGAGCUGACGCUAGCCAACAGGCCGCAGGACGAAGGAACGUGUGUGUUUGGAUUGAAGCCAUCGACAGCUAAGGGUCGGAAUCAACGAGGGCCGACGCAUGGCGGACAGUUCACUCAUGUUUGGCAAUGGAGUGACACGGACUUGCAAAUGGUAGGCAGGUGAUGGUUGCUAAGAGACGGAAUCAACAAGAACCGUGGGGCUCGGUAUCAAGGAACGGGCCGCUAAAGGACUGAGUCGGCAUGGAAAAGAGCCUGUGUGAGGCCGGUGCCAGCAGCACACAAAUCAAAUUAAUAAGGAUUGGUCUGUGGCCAACGCGAGUAAUGAGGAUGAAUGACUGGGAAGGCACAAAAGAUGGUUUUUAUACUAAGACCACUCAUGGACAUAAAUGGGCAGUCUAAGGCUUGGGCCUUUGUCGGCCGUCUCUUCCUUUUGCACUUCGCAGCCUGGAGAGACUCUACAAGUCCUGAGGAUUAUUCAUGGGAUUUGCAUUGUUUGUUCACUGUUUGACCAAACUAUCAAGGAGAAAAAAAAAACAAAAAAAAAAAAAAAAAAAGGAUUUUUGUUUAGUUUUUUUCGUUGGGUGAACAGAAAUACUUGUGAACUGAACAUACCACCCGGGGGAGGUGGACAUGUGCUCCUGGUUAACAUAUCAGUUGGCUUCGGUGACAGACGUGAGUGAACACGGUGGCUCAGCCCAAUGGGUAGCUAAUAAAAUUUAAUCAAUGAUUUUUGUCUUGUGGGAAGCUAACGGCUGCCCAAUGGACCAAUCUAUACCAGAAAGGCCUUUCCCCAAUGCCCGUCCCUUUUAGUCUUUCAACCCGACGUUGUUACGUGAACCUUUUGCAUAAGUGUACAAAUGAUAGUAACAAUGUUCUCCAACCCCACUUUUCCUACUGGAUAACCAAUGCAAAUAAUUGCGCUUUAAACCUUGCAUUCGCCAAAUUUUUUGCUCAUGGAUUUCCAACUCUUUAAUAGCUUUUAUCUCCUUUCGUUGUUCUUUUUCCCCCUUCUGAAUCAUGUCUUUUGCUUGUUAACCUCUUGACAGCCCUUGUGAACUUAUGUUCUCACUCAUCUAUCAGUAUCUCCCCUUGGUUUUUUUCUCUGUCCACCUUGUUUUAUAUUUAUCCAAAAGCGCUUGACUGCUAGCAAAGGCAGAUUGUGGAAAAUGGGGGGGAAACAAACAUCUCUUUACAAGUGAAUCAGUUGUACUAUAAAUCCUUGACUUCAAAGUUUUGAAUCUUUUCCUCUCCUCCCUCUUCUUUUUUCCUGCAUAUUUUAAAACCUAAAACAUCAUCAUUUGAGUAUAUGAUAAAUUUAAAUUAACUGAAAAAGAUAGAGAAAUGUGAACCUCAAGUUAAAUUGAAGUUCAUAUGGGUGCUAUGGGGGGGAGGGAAGGCAAGCUUUUGUAAUUCACUGAAACUUCCAGUGAGAGAUGUCAGUGCAGAUGACGUUCAGUCGCGUUAAUGAGAAUUAAAUAUUUUCAUCUUGGUUUUUUCCAUCAUAUUAGAAACCUUUUGCUGCUGUACUUCUUUUCAAACACUCAUUGUUCAGUGAGCUCAGUUUUAUGAUCUUUACUAGGCUUGCCUCUGUAUGUAGAAUAUCUGCUCUCCCUCUCUACUUCUCUUCCAUCAGUAAGGACUCAUCUUGUCUUUUAUCACAUUUUUACUUAUCAAUCAUUCAAUGACAUAUAUUCAUAUUGUUUCCUCCAUCCUAUUUCUUACAUGCCCCAUUCAUUACUUUUUUGUCCUUUUUUUUUUUUUUUUUGACAUUGCACGCUUUGAUGCCAGGAAAUCUGACCCCUAUUUUGAAACCCAUUUUAAAAGUGUGGCCGUAUCGCAGGAGAGGUUCGGAAACUGAAACGCAUUUCUUCAACACUCUGAAUGAUUUCCAGCUGACUAAUCUUUCACCCAUCAUCCGCGACGGUUCAAAAUGAUAAUAAGCAUUCACGUGUGGUAAAAACCUACGGACAAUAACUGUGGUUGGAGGUUGGUUGUGUCUGUGUGUGUGUGUGUGAAUAUAUAUGUGUGUGUGUGUGUGUGUGUGUUGACUCAACUGGAACAAGGCCCUGAGGCAUUCUUUCUUUUUUCCUUUCUUUUAACAAAGUUAUACACUGGUGCCUUUGCUACUGUUGGUAAAAGCACAUCACAGUCGGAGGAUUCUCACUACCCUCAGCGGACCAUCCGUGUCUCUGAACUAUUAUCAAUCUGCCUACCUAUCUAUUUAAUUUUCUGACUUUUUUCCUUCCCUUUUAUCCUCAUUUUGUAGAACUCUCAGUAUAUCGCCAGACAAAAAAGAGGAAAAGAAGAGAAAAACAAUUCAAUCCUAGUUUAAAGUUUGGAUUUUAAUUUCCUGAUGUGUUCCCUUCUGGUUUAUUCUUGAUAGUAAAAAAGCACAACUUAUGCCAUGUAUAUAACAGUACCAAUAAUACAAAAUAAAAUAUUGUUUUUAAAGAGAA